CCGGCCCUAACGCGGAGUCUGAUGGAGCUUUCUUACCAGACCCUCAAAGUCACGCAUCAGGCGCGGGAAGCGUGCGAGAUGAGAACAGAAGCACGACGAAAAAAUCUUCUUAUUUUGAUUUUGCAUUAUUUAACACAAGAAGGAUAUAUCGAUGCAGCCAAUGCUUUGGAGCAAGAAACUAAACUGGGGUUACGACGCUUUGAAGUUUGUGACAAUAUUGAUCUCGAAACUAUUUUGAUGGAAUAUGAGAGCUAUUAUUUUGUAAAAUUUCAGAAAUACCCCAAAAUUGUCAAAAAGGCAUCGGACACAGCAGAAAAUAAUUUACCACCAAGAAGUGGAGGGAAGAACAGAAGGGCGAUGAGUAACAGUUGUCAAAAUCUUCCCAAGAUCAGUCAGCAGCGGCCACGGUCCAAAACUACGGCAGGGAAGCCAGAGGAAGCCAAACCCCUCCAUAAGGAGCAUCCUAAACAGGAGGUUGUCCACAACACUAGCACGGAGAGCUCGGACUUUGGCUUAAGCAUAUCAGGAAUCAACAAAGGCAGUGGAGGAGAAAACGUCCGUCCACACAAAGGCCAAAUCAUUGACAUCCGAGGGCUGCUCACAGACGCUAUCAAAGGAGCAACCAGCGAACUUGGCUUGAACAGCUUCGACUGUAACCCUGACCCCUCAGAACGACUGCUGAAACCUCUGAGUGCAUUUAUUGGCAUGAACAGUGAGAUGCGAGAAUUGGCAGCCGUGGUGAGCCGGGACAUUUAUCUCCAUAAUCCAAACAUAAAGUGGAAUGACAUUAUUGGACUCGAUGCAGCCAAGCAGUUAGUCAAAGAAGCUGUUGUGUAUCCUACAAGGUACCCACAGCUGUUUACAGGAAUUCUUUCCCCCUGGAAAGGACUACUGCUGUAUGGCCCUCCAGGUACAGGAAAGACUUUGCUGGCCAAAGCUGUGGCCACGGAAUGCAAAACAACCUUCUUUAACAUUUCUGCAUCUACCAUUGUCAGCAAAUGGAGAGGGGAUUCAGAAAAACUUGUUCGGGUGUUAUUUGAACUUGCUCGCUAUCAUGCCCCCUCCACCAUUUUCCUGGAUGAGCUGGAAUCGGUGAUGAGUCAGAGAGGCACGGCUCCUGGCGGAGAGCAUGAGGGAAGCCUUCGGAUGAAGACAGAACUACUGGUGCAGAUGGAUGGGCUGGCUCGCUCUGAAGACCUUGUGUUUGUUUUAGCAGCUUCUAACCUGCCCUGGGAGCUGGACUGUGCCAUGUUACGCCGCCUGGAGAAGAGGAUUCUGGUUGACCUCCCCAGCCCGGAGGCCAGGCAGGCCAUGAUCCGCCACUGGCUGCCCCCCGUGAGCCAGAGCAGAGCCCUGGAGCUGCGCACAGAGCUGGAGUACAGCGUGCUGAGUCAGGAGACUGAGGGCUAUUCAGGCUCAGACAUUAAGCUGGUCUGCAGGGAAGCAGCUAUGCGGCCUGUGAGGAAGAUCUUCAAUGCACUUGAAAAUCAUCAGUCAGAGAGCAGCACUCUACCUAGGAUCCAGCUGGAUACAGUGACCACUGCCGACUUUUUGGAUGUGCUAGCUCACACCAAGCCUUCAGCAAAAAACCUGACUCAGAGAUACUCGGCGUGGCAAAGUGAGUUCGAGUCUGUUUGAAAUCAUAUUUACCCUGACCUGGCCACAAAGACAACCACAGAGGCCUCCUGGUUUAUUACUGUAAGUGAGAGAAGAACAUAAUGAUUAGAAUAGAAAAGAAAAUUAUUCUUAAAGACCGGAUUAAUUUGGACAACUGUAUUGUUUUGGAAAUGUGAGAUUUCUUUGUUAAUUUCAUGAUUGAUAUCAGCGAAAUAGUGACGAUUUCAAUUACAGUUGUAUAUGUUAUUAGGUCAGGCAGUGGAGACUUUUCUUACAAUUAGACUCUGUAAAAUUUUGACGAACAAUUUCUUGCAAUGUUCCUCAUUCGUGAAUUGGUGUUUUCAUUUUGAAGAAAAAGAUGUAGUAAGGAAAGAGGUGUUGGAAUGCCCAGGGGAGCAUUGAGCUGGGGAGCCAAUCAGAAGCUAGGCUUGGCAGACCAUCUGGCCAGCUGACAGUUCAAGGGUGGAUAAGGAUGGGAGCAGGGAAGGAAAUGUAGUUUGUUGCUUCUGACAAUAUUCUGAAUCUCAUCAGUUCUCCCUAAUUCUGACCUCAACCAGUGAUAUCGGCAGCAACCCGCUACCAAGCUAUGCCCCCUCGGAUAUGUCACUGACCCAUCUCUAGACAUGACUGUUUUGAGUCUAGAGCUAAUUGCAGUGGUGACUAGCACAUCACCAAUAGCUACCAGUUUGAGCAUUUUGAGUUCUGGCCCCUAAUAACAUCUUUCAACUUUUCACAUCUCACGCCCCUGGUGCUCUGCCCUUCCUUUUCCAUUACCAUACCUCAUUGGAUCCAGAGCUCAGGGUAGGGUACCCAAGCUUCUAGAGCUGUCAUCCUGAGUCUCCCCUGCUCUUAGGCUCCUCCACAUCUCCUUGUAGGUUAUAAACAGCUAGAAGCAUCUCCCUCAGAAGUCUAUAAUCUGAGAGGAAUCUACUUUCAACUCUCGAUACAUUUUGAAGGCUUUCACUAGAUAAUGCCACCCCUAUCCCCACCUAGAACUUACCUACAGUAAGUCACCUUCUUUUCUCUUCCUUUGCCUUGUUUUCUUCAUCCCUGCAAGACACAAUCCUCCUCUGAAGAAAAACUUCCAGGAAAAGGACAUUUUGGAUAAAUAUUCUAAAAGAUGGUACCCUUUUAAACAAAAACAAAGCAUUUGGGGGGUAUUAUUUCAAGCAGAUAUCCUCAAAUGCCUCUUAAAAUGUCAUUUCAUGGAAAAGGCAGUCAAAUUGAAAACAUGCCUAACAUAAUGAAUUUGACGUAAAAAGAUUUCACCUUAGGAUAUGCUAAACUUAAGCUUCGUGAUCAUUAGGUAUUAUACUAUGCUGCACUAGUGAUACCUAGAUGAAUAGGUCUCUAAACUAAAUGGCCUCAGACUGGCCUCACUCUUCUUUUGGGUUGUUUUCUUGAUGAGGCUUCCAGCUGUCAUUUCUUGUAGCUGUUGGUCCUUUUGCUUGUGGCCACUACCAUCUUUUCUGAUUUCAUAAAAUCUCAAUUGAAUGGAAUCUCAGCUGUUGCUGUUUAUGAGCCGUAGUUGGAAAGUAGGCAAGUUUGCACUGUAGGUGUGCUUAGGAGUGAACAGGUGACAAGGCGGAGGAGACAGUCCUGUGGGUAACUGCUUUGUGACAAGACAUUGGGGCCCUUUUAGCUUACUGCCCAUUCCUGAUUCCAGGGUAAGUGUGGUUUUGCCAUCCCUCACAGUGAAGACAUGCCAUCUUCCUCUACUUCCAAAAGCCCACACGCAGCCUGCUGUGUACUCGACACCAUGUCCACGCACUUCCUCCAUUUCUUUUAAUUUCCAAGUUCACCUUUGUAAUACUUCUACCUCUAUUCAAUCUCAUA